AUGGGUUCGACAGAAGACCUUGACCAUCCUCAAAUCAUCUUGCAAUACAACAGUGGAUUUUUAGUCUCAAAGGUUAUGUUCACUGCCUGUGAGUUGGGGGUGUUUGAUCUUCUGUUGGAGUCAGGAGAGCCUCUGUCUUCAGAUGCCAUUGCUGCACGCUUGGGUACCAGCACCACGGGGAUGGAAAGACUGUUGGAUGCCUGCGUGGGAUUGAAGCUCUUGGCAGUAGAGCUGACACAACAAGGAGCCCUCUACAGAAACACAGAAGUUUCCAACAUCUACCUUACAAAAUCAAGUCCCAAGUCUCAGUAUCAUAUUAUGAUGUAUUACUCUAAUACAGUCUACUUGUGCUGGCACUACCUGGCUGAUGCUGUGAGAGAAGGAAGAAACCAAUACGAAAGAGCUUUUGGCAUUUCAUCCACAGACCCUUUUAGAGCAAUGUACAGAUCAGAAGAAGAAAUGCUGAAAUUCAUGGCUGGCCAGAACUCAGUGUGGAGUAUAUGUGGCAGAGAUGUUCUUGCUGCGUUUGACCUUUCCUCUUUCACGCAGAUUUAUGACCUGGGAGGAGGUGGAGGAGCUUUGGCCCGGGAGUGUGUUUCUUUGUACCCAAAUUCCACGGUCACAAUUUAUGACCUGCCGAAAGUCGUGCAAGUGGCCAAAGAGCAAUUUAUUCCCCCUGAGGAGCGUCGGAUCACUUUCUAUGAAGGAGACUUCUUUAACGAUUCAAUUCCAGAAGCUGAACUGUAUAUUUUAUCCAAGAUACUGCAUGAUUGGGAUGAUGACAAAUGCAGGCAGCUGCUGGCAAAAGUCCACAAGGCUUGCAAACCUG